AUGAAGUUCACGACCCCUUCGAUGGACCCGCCUAAGCAUGAAAUGGCGUAUUUCCCGAAUAUGACGGGAUCCCUACCCAGCGAGUCUGCCGAAUUCCGCCGCGUGCUGUGGACAGGGUUGUACAGUCAACUCGUGCUGAUGACCGUUCCUGUAGAUGGGGAGAUCGGUGACGAGAAACAUACAGUUGACCAAAUCCUGACCUUCACGUCUGGGAAAGGCAAGGCCACCAUCAAUGGGGUGGACCAGGACGUCAAAGCAGGCGAUUUGAUAAUUGUGCCCGCAGGCACGCAGCAUCAGUUUAUCAACACCGGUCCCACUCCUCUUAUCUUGUACACGGUGUAUUCUCCUGCAGAGCACAAGCCGACCACAGUGCACAAGGAUAAGGCACAAGGUGAUAAAGAGGAAGCUGAGGGUAUCGACGUGCCGCCAGAGUGGAGCCAGAGGAGCAAGGUCGAGAAUGAGAAGCUCGGCUUGGUAGAUCCAGACGACGAUUGA